AUGUUGACAUCACCAUCGUGCAGAGCCGUGUUUGACUGCCCUGACACCGGCACAGUGAAGAUCACUUGCAAGAACGGCAUUCUUCCAGAGAGACCUAAACCUCUUCUGACUGUUAAGCCUGAACCAUCACAGAUAUUCAUUGGAGAUACAGUCACUCUCACAUGUGACAUACAGGGUGAAGGUUGGACAUACACAUGGCAGUGUGGAGGUAGAGAGCAGGCCUCUAAGGAGAAAGAGUUCAACAUCACUCUAGUGUCCAAACAGAAAUGCAAGUGUUGUGGCAAGAGACAAUCAGACACCUCUGAAUGGAGUGAUGAAGUGACGCUGACUGUGCUGUACAAACCCAAAGUAACUGUAAAGCCCCAGAGUUCAGUGUUCACUGGAGACACAGUUACUCUGAGCUGUGAUGUGGGACAGUCAACUGGAUGGACAAUUUUCUGGUUCAAAGACUUCAAGAUAAUAAAAACUGGUGAUGAAAAGGAAAUACUGAGUAAUGUGAGUAUCUCUAAUGGAGGACAGUAUGCAUGCAGUGCACGAAAAGGAAAGUACUUCACAAUUCAAAGUCAAAGAGUUGUGGUAACAGUAAGGGAGAGACCCAAGCCUGCAGUGCGAGUUCAGCCUGAUGGACGUGUGUCCAGAGAACAGAUGGUCACUCUCACAUGUGACAUACAGGAGACAGACGUCAGCAGCUGGAUCUACAGCUGGAAUAAAGAUGAUUCAGAGAUUCAUGUCAGUCAGUCACAGGAAUACAGAAUCAAUUCAGUUAAUGAAUCUCACACGGGUAAUUACAGCUGUACUGGAAACGAGACCCAAGGAUCACGAUACUCACACACCAGUGAUAAAGUUACACUGACCGUAUCAGCUCCAUCAACAGUUCUCAAACUGCUCAGUUUUCUGCUGGCAGCUACUCCAUAUCUGCUUGUGUCCAUCAUACUGGGAGUCAAAUGCUACAAAGCUCAUGGUGAGAUCCCUCUCUUUCUCAUCUGUUCUGCUAUAGAUGGGUUUAUGAUCUAUCGUUGUUAACUUUUAUAAAAAGGUCACUUAUUCCAAGUUUGGGUGUUUUACAGUUCAAACUGAUGAGACUGAUCAGUAUGCUGUUACAGAGGAGUAAAGGUCUACAGCUGUGAUGAAUGAAUGCCAACAGUAUUCAGUUUUUCUGUUUAGCAGUAUUAUUGGGUCUGAAUUAGACAAUAAUCUCUAAAUUCAAAUUAACUCUGCUUGAAUCACAUUGGUUUACUCUUUUAAAUCUUUGCAUUACACACUGUAAAACUUCUAAGCCAAAUUCUAACAGAAACAUAGCAUUAAAAACAAUGCAUUGCAUCUUGUUUCCUUGUGUCAAAACUACUGCAUUGAACAUGCCUGUCUGAGUGCCUUUUAUUUUUUUUUAAUAAUGCAAUAUGAUUUGAGAUUCUAGUUCUUAAUAAGCCUCUUUUGGAAUCAUCCUU